AUGCGCAUCAGGGACGCCCCAAAGGAUUCCAAAGGCAAGCCCUUGGUUGCAGUGAACGUUACUGUUGCCUACCGCUCCCGACACAUGCAGUUCCGCCCGAAACGUGUUGAGUACCCCAGGGUGCUCGAUUGGAACCGAACCUCAUUGCCUAUGCUGGAGGCCGUCAAGUCCUUCUGGCACGGCCUUGCCGAGGACGAGCAAGCCCGCCAUAAGGACGUGGCUCACUUCAUUGUCGCUCUGCGCACCACCUGGGAGAUGAUGCUGGAGGAUCCUGUCCUUAUGCGAUUUGAGGAAGACAUCGGCGUUACACGUUGCAGCAGGCUUACCGACCACGACACCUACGCGGUCGUACGAGUUGGACGGGACCAUCGAGUACGACUCUAG